GGAAGUGCUAUGUCGAAAAGCUGCGAAAGUAGUGUUCAAAGCAGUGACCUGCAUAGCAGCUAGUUAAAGUCUUCUUCAAGCAAUGUUGGACUGAAAUAUGGAAGAGCAACCAGAAGUUCAAGAUCUCAAAAGAAAAAUAGCAGAUUUAGAUUCAGAACUUAAAUCAACUCAAAAGAAACUGGAGAAAGCCUUACACAAGUUGUCAAAAACAGAAAGGCGGAAUGAUAAAAUUAACAGCUAUAAUGAAGACUUGCGAAAACAGGUUGAACAGUUGAGCAAAGAACUUCAUGCAUAUAAAUCAUCUGGAAAAAAACGGAGUGAUGCUUCAACACAAGUAUCGGAGGCUUUAUUGCAGGAAUCAAAUGGUGAAAUCGGACAAUUUGAAGAAUGGAGUGAACCUGUCAAAGAUCCUGAAAGUGAGGAAGGUGUAUCCCUGGCAGACAGUUUGAAGGCAACAGCGGAAGCUGCAUUGCACCAAUCUGGAUAUGUGUAUGAUGAUAGCACAGGCCUAUACUAUGAUUAUAACACAGGCUAUUACUAUGAUGCUGAGAAGUCUCUCUAUUAUGAUCCAAACACAGGAAUCUAUUACUAUUAUGACGCUGGCACAGAGAGCUAUGUAUUUCACUCCCAGGCAGAUUUAAGUUAUUACCAAACAGCACAAGCAGGUACCGAAGACUUCCAAAUGUAUGAUGCUGACACAGAACACAGAAGUCAUAGAAAACACAAUAGGCAUAAAGACAAGGAGGAAAUGAAUAAGAGGAAAGAAGCUACUGGGCACUCAGAAAUGAGGAAACACAAGUCUAAACACAGAAAACUAGAUCAACCCAUAGAUAAGAAAAAGCAAACUACCAGUGAUAUUAAGGAUAGCAGAUUGAAUGAAACCAAAGAUAUGGUUGAUAUCACAGAACCAACAAUUUCCAAAAGCAAUAGAACUUUAUCUAAAAACAAGCGUAACAAAGGAAAAGAAAAUUUGAAACAAGAGGAAGAGAAUUCUCAGUCUAAUAAAAACCAAUGUGUUGACUUCGAUAGAAGUGAUAACUGCCACAGUAGUAAUGAAGAAGAUACUGAACUUGAGGAUGGGGAACUGUCUUCUAGUUCAUCUGACAAUGACAGUGACAGCAGCAGUAACAGUGAGGCUGUCCUUGAAGAAGCUAUGACAGCCAACUACCCUCCUUGUAUACGUGUAAUGGUGAAGGAGUCCAGCACUCUAGACGUAGGCACUCUCUAUAUCUUCACCUAUCCUGGUGCUACUAUUGGGAGAGAGAAGGACAUGGGGCAUGCCAUACUCAUUCCAGAUUUACAGGUUAGCAAGAUGCAUGCUGAGGUAAAGUAUGAUGACAGUUCCCAAGUUUAUACAAUCCAGGACUAUGCCAGUCAAAAUGGGACAUUUCUCAAUGGACAGAGGUUAUCUGAGCCCAAGGUAUUGAGUUCUUGCCAUGCUCUGACCCAUGGGGACACAGUGCAGAUAGCUGACAGCACAUUCCUCCUGCACAUCCAUCCUGGCCUAGAGACCUGUGAUCUCUGUGAACCCGGCCAGGUCCAGGCACACCUGAAAGCCCAGCAAGAACAACCCAGAGAAAUAAAAAUCCUCAGUAAAGAAGAUAAAGAAAAGCUUAGAAGACAAGAAAUGAAGAAAAUUAGGAAAAAAUUUGGACUAGAGAGUGCCCCAUAUGAACAAAACUCUUCUGCUGUGAACAAUCCUGCUUACACUGACAAGGCGGAGGUGAGGAGGAAGACAGUGGGCAGUGAUAAUCCAUACCAAAAGGAUGACGCCCCAGCCUCUGUUGAUGUGGCUAUAUCUACAGAGAACAAGGGUCACAAGUUGCUGAAGAAGAUGGGAUGGGCUUCUGGAGAAGGCCUUGGGAAAACACAGAAAGGAAUCAAAGAACCAAUCCAAGUUAAUAUCCGGCUGCGGCAGACAGCAGGCCUGGGUUCAGCAGUAUCAGUGGAGAGGUCUAUGGAUGAUGCUCACGUCAAGAAUACACAGGAAAAGUGGUUGAAAGCUCAAGAUAGGUUCUCUGCUUUGGGUCAAGGAAAAGGAAUAGCACAGGAAAAGAAAGAACACUCUAUUAAAUCAAAGACAUGGUUAAAAGGGGAAACUGUUAAUGCGACUAUAGAUAAAGUUGAAAAUAAUGACAAUGGUUAAAUGCAUCAUUUCAGUCUAUUUAUAACUUUUCUUGAACAAAAAAUAUAUAUUAUAGAUACUGAUCCUAGAUUUUUGUUUAUUAUAUGACUUUUUGUGAUGACAAAAAUGAUCAACACCAAUUGUUUUGGAUUUAGGAUUUUAUUCUGCAUGGAAGACACCACAACAAAUUUCAAUAUUUUUAAUUUGUGCCAAAAUUGAUGGUGUUGGACUAUUUGAAGGAGCAUCAUUAAAUUCAAGAGUUACAAAGCCAAACGAUCCAUGCAUGAGGAUUUUGUUAUCAUACAACUUUCUGAAUACAUAAAAAAGGUUUACUUUAUUCUGUAUGUGCAAUGAAAAGGAAAAGGAAUCCCCAUGAAAUAAAAAAAUAAAGAGGACAAUAUGUUUUGCUUAAGAGUAGAUUGGUAACCAUUUUAUAAUCUGAAUGUGCCAUAUUAAAAACAUUUUAGCAUAAUUGUUUGUAAAGACACCAAAUUCUGGACAAAUCUUGGUGGUUUAUGAUCUCCAGAGAUGGUAAUUGGGUGAGAUUUCAUUUUGGUACAGUAUUUUCAGUGAAUAAGUAAGAUGUAGGUAUAUAGGAUAAAAGUGGGGACCUGUUGUAAAGUAUGGAAAGAAAGAUCAAAUCUGUUGCAUG